GCCAUGAGGAUCCUCUAAUGUUCGGCAAGUGGAAGGUGUUACCCCUGUCAGCAUCACACCAUGGCUUCAUUGGGAGCGGUUUUAAUGCUGUUGCCAGUUGCACUGACGUGCACUCCCCAAAAAGCAGACUACGUGAUGGUGUCGUGUUUCCCAAACGCCAUAAUUGCCAACGUCCCAGAAUGCCCCUACGGCUGGGAGAUAGAGCAUCUGUCCCUGGGGGGCGUCUGCUACACUGGGAUACACAGCCCUGGGUACUACCGCUUCAUCAUCCCGGACUUAACUCCCAAGAACCACUCCUACUGCGGCACGCAGUCCGAGUACAUGCCCGGCAAAGACCCCAAGUAUAUCUUCUACAACUCCAUCGUGUCCAACGACACGUCGCUGACGGUCAGAAACCAGCCAGUCAACUACACCUUCAGCUGCAUGUACCGAGCCGCCUACCUGGUCAACAAUGCCGUCUUCAGCCAGAGAGUGGCUACAGUUUUUGUCAACAAUGGCAGUUUAGGCACUUUUAGAUCACAGUUGUCUAUGAACGUGUUCACGAAUUCAAAGUUCCUCUAUGCUAAAGACAGUCCUUAUGUGAUCGACACGUCUGAGAUCGGUUCUGAAGUCUUUAUCGGCAUAGAGGCGAAGGGUCUCAGUAACAGAUUCAAAGUCGUGAUCAACAACUGCUGGGCCACUCCAACGCCUUACUCCACAGACAGGAAGAGGUGGAGCCUCAUUAUCAACAGCUGCACUGCCGACAACACUGUGACCAUUUUCGAGAACGCCAAAGACAGUCGCUCCACAUUCAAGUUCAACUCCUUCCGCUUCCAGCGGCUGGAGAAGGUGUCCACGGUCUGGCUCCACUGCGAGGUCCAGGUCUGCGACGGGGAGAGGCUGUCCUGCCAACCAAGCCCCUGCUCCUUGAGGAGUCUGUCGGAGGAGGAAGAUGGGAACGAGGGGGUCCUCACGGCGGAGUUUCGGAUCCAAGGUAAAGCAUCGUCUAAUAAUGGACACGUAACAGGCACCUCACUUUUUAUGCUGCUGCUGGUCCUGGGGAACAUGUUCCGGGAUUUAAUAGACGGAUCAAGGAAGUAGUAAAGAAAUCAUGUCAUCAGAUAAACACACACAAACAAACUCAGAGGGGAGCGUCAACCAAGACUCAGGGAGCGUAUCAACACAUCCUCCCCCCUCAAUCAAAUGACUGAUCUUCUCAUCGUACCUUGUAUUUAGCAGCAAUAAAGCACCGCAUUUAUUAAUGUUU